AUGGCGGACUCGGAACAGCAAAUCAAGAAAUACCGCGGCAACUGCCACUGCGGUGCAUUUGUCUUUGAGUUUGAAGCCCCCGAGAUCAAGUCAGGUGUGAUUUGCAACUGCAGUAUUUGCUACAAGAAGGGGUAUUUUGCUAUUACUCCGGGGGUUGAGCUGAAGAUUGUCAAGGAUGGGGGGACUAUCAAGCAGUAUCAGUUUGGGGAGAAGAAGUGGAAACAUCAAUUCUGCAGCAAAUGCGGCACCGCAACCUACGGAACAUCCGAGUUCUUCGACCCCCCGAUGAACAUGGGCAUCAAUGCCCGCUGCAUCCAAAACCUCGACAUCUGGGCCCUCCAAGAGCGACACGUCGACAGCACAGCCCACCCACCCCCUUACACCCCCCCUACCCACCCCGGCCCUCUCCCCUCCCCUCAGUCAAUCCCAGACAACCAAGGAACCCUCUACCACGGCUCCUGCCACUGCGGCGCCGUAACCGCCGCCCUCAAAGUCGACCACCCCUUCGAGAGCCAAUCCUACAAAGGCAUGCUAGCAGAGUGCAACUGCAGCCAUUGUAUCCGUGGCGGCUACGUCUGGGCCUACCCAACAAAAGACCAGCUUGUCAUUUCCGGGAGGGAAAACCUCACCUGGUAUGAAUUCAACCAAAAGAUUGUCCGCAAAGGAUCGUGUAAACACUGCGGGGUGUUGGUUCUUGCCGAGCCGGUGCCUAUCCAGGAAGUGGAGGAGGUUUCAGAGGAGAUGAGAAAGUUUAGGGAGGGGUUCAAGGAUAUUCGACCGGUUAAUUUGAGGGUGGUGAAUCAGGAUGAGUUGGAUGUGGAGGGGUUGAGACGGGGGGGAAGGGUGAGGCAGGCUAGGAGGGCGGGGGAGGGGGGGGAGUAUGUGAAUCCGUGA